UGUCUUUCUAUGAUAUGAUUGAAUCCACCAUGAACUAGUAGGUGGCACUUGAGAUGUUGGUUGGUCUUUUGUCCUCAAAACUCAACAUGUCUACGGUCCAGGAACUAGUUUGUAUGGGUUUGUAUAGGAAUGAGUAAAUAUUGAUGGGAGAAGAACAAUUUUUUAAAUAUUACGAUAUUUAAUCACAUAAAAGUGGAUUUAUGUUUCAGGGCUCGACUAUUUUGAGGGAAUGAACAAAACUAGAUGGUAUGCUGUGCGGGUUGGCCUCAGCCCAAGAGAAAAAGAAGAAAAAGCAUUUGCUUCCCGCGCGAGGGUUUUCUCGAUUUAGGGGCAAAGAUGGAAACGGAAGAACCAUGGGAAUCUCUUGACAUCGACGAUUCUGAUCUCUCCAACUUCCUCCGCCCUUGCAACCACCACCGCAUCACCGAUACUCCUCUCAUUCCCGGUCCAGCCGGUGCUGUUCAGUCCGCCAUGAUUCAACGCAGAACCCUAGGUUCCUCCAACACACUUCCCACUCAAGAAUUGGUUAGGCACGUUCUCCAAAAUGGCCAUGACUCCGAUCUCGAUUUCAACUCCAAUCCAUGGCUCUCUGCUCAAGUCCAUGUGGAAUCUGUUACUCCUUUGAACUCGAUCAAGAAGCAUCUGAACGGUGAAGGAAAAGUUCCGAGUAUCGUAGCUGUUAUCAAAUCAUGCACUCCUAACGGUUUUGGAGACAUGACGGUUACCCUAAAGGAUCCUACAGGUUCAGUUGGUGCUAGUAUCCACCGCAAAGUCUUCACUGAAGGAGGAUUUAGAAAGGAUAUAACUGUUGGUUCUGUUCUACUUCUCCAAAAGGUUGCUGUGUUUUCACCUAAUGGCUCUACUUGCUAUCUGAAUAUAACACUGAGCAAUAUACUCAAGGUCUUUUCCAAGGACAGUGGACCUCCGUCACAACAAAUCUCGGCAAUCCGAACUACACCUAUUAGCGGUGCAGAAAGACAGGAAAAGUCAUGGAUGCCACCAAGCAGUGUGCUGUCUUUGCCACAAGAAAGAACUCAAGGAAUCCUGAAUAAUCUCAGAGUAGAAUCAAGGUUCAGAGAAGUAGCAGGUAAUGGUAAACAAAGGGAUGAAAAUUUGGUUUUAAGUGGCUGUCAUUUUGAUAAUGGAGGUGAUCAAAACCAAAAAACUGUUUCAGAUCGAGAAAACUUAUCACUGAGACAGGAUAUUGUUCGACCUGUCGAAGCAAUUUGUGGUGGUGACCUUGAAAGUGAGAUGGAAGACCAACAAAACCAUCCUAAUUUGGGCAAAGGAGACAGUCUGGUGGGGAAUGAUCAAGCCAAUAGUUCUUCAUCAAACUCGGCACAUAUAUCUGCUGACCAAGAAACUGGAAUAGAAAACCACAUGGAAACUCAGGAGAUCAUGAAUCCAAAAAGUUCAAUUCCGCAAUGGACAGAUGAACAGCUGAACGAGCUGUUGUCAUUUGACUGAGAUGACAAUUUCUAUUUGUCAAACUAAAGUAACAGAUGAUGCUGAUAUACUUAGUUUACAUGUAUUUUGGUAGUGCAACUUUUAGCAGUUUAAUGGUGAAACAAUGAUAAUUGGACACAAUGUCAACACGGUAUACCCAGCACGUGUUUUGUAAAUAUUUCCACACAAUACUGCCAGGUUAGUUUGGAAUAUGGAAGCACAUUUGGGAUUGUAAUUGGAUAUUUCAAUUGCAAUUAUCUUGAUUCAUGUUUGGGAAUAUACAAUAGCUUGAAUCUGGACUA